AUGGGGGGGGCUGACAGCGCCAGCCAGGCCAUCCCCAGCCAGCAGCCGGUGAUGGUGCAGUGCCAGGAGUCUCAGCUGGUGGUAACAGUGCACAGGGACCUCUUCGGCACCGGCCGCUUGGUCAACGCAGCCGAUCUGACGCUGGGACCGGCAGCGUGCAAGCAUUCCUCACUGAACCCUGCCCACAACACUGUCACCUUCACCGCCGGCCUCCACGAGUGCGGCAGCAUCGUGCAGAUCACGCCUGACUCCCUCAUCUACCGCACACUCCUCAACUACGACCCCAGCCCUGCCAGCAACCCCGUCAUCAUCCGCAGCAACCCCGCUGUCAUCCCCAUCGAGUGCCACUACCCCAGGAGGGAGAAUGUGAGCAGCAAUGCCAUCCGACCCACCUGGGCUCCCUUCAGCUCCACACUGUCAGCGGAGGAGAGGCUGGUGUUCUCCCUGCGCCUCAUGAAUGAGGACUGGAGUGCCGAGAGACCCUUCACUGGUUUUCAACUGGGUGACGUCCUCAACAUCCAAGCAGAGGUGGCCACGGAAAGCCACGUGCCGCUGCGGUUGUUCGUGGAUAGCUGCGUGGCCGCCCUGAGCCCUGGCACUGAUUCCUCACCCCACUAUGCCAUCAUCGACUUCAAUGGGUGCCUCGUUGAUGGGAGAUCGGAUGACACCAGCUCUGCCUUCAUCACCCCCCGGCCCCGGGAGGACAUGCUGCGCUUCCAGAUCGAUGUCUUCAGGUUCGCGGGGGACGUCAGGAACCUGAUCUACAUCACCUGCCACCUGAAGGUGACCCCAGUGGACCAAGCCCCAGACCCCCUGAACAAGGCUUGUUCCUUCAACAAAGCCAGAAACACGUGA